UUUUUUAUGGCCACAGCAUGCUAAGACAAUCAAGCAAAACUCCGAUAACAAGAAUGCUACUAAAGGUGAUCUGGUAGCAGUUGAGAAGAGGAUCUGCAGUUGGUGUAGGACUGAGGAGCAGAUGAAGAUCCACACAGAGGCCAUUGCCAUGGCAGACCAAGUUGCAGAGUUCUAUACUGAAACGUACCAUUUGUUGGAGUGGACGUGCGUCCUCAUUGCUUACUCCAUUGUAUCACAAAGCAAAUUAAUGAGGAGAAUUUCUCACCUGCUACCUCAGCUUCUUAUCGUUCUAGAGACAAUGGAUGAGAUUGUUUCUAAAAAGAAGAUUAGUUGCGAGAAUGCAAAAAAGACGUUCAGACAACUUCUGACAAGCGGCAAGAAAAGGCGCCAGAUCUUAUAUGACAGUGCAAGUACUGUGAGGGUUGAAGAGGGAAAAAAAUUAACAAAGGAAAGGAAUUAAAGAAAAAGAUAAUUUACAAGACACUUUUUCAGAAUUGAGAAAUCAAAACAGGGCCAGCAAUACUGUACGUGCGUUUCAAACAAGCACAGAUGUUGUCCCACAAACACAAGCGUUUGCAUAAGUUUAAACACUGUCAUUUUGUGGGACCAUAGCAAAAUAUCCUAGAAGCAGGGCUUAUUGGAAAUUUCCAUUGACAAUUAGGAAGACCAUUUGAACAUUGAAUUCCAAACUCAUCUUAGUUAUUGCGCAAUAUACUGUUAUUUAACUAUCACCAUGACUAUUCUUACCAUUAAUCAGUUUAUAUGAUUGAUCA